UCACUCGAUGCCAUGUUUAUAUAUAAUCCUAACCUGAUUUAACCUCCAAAGUUUUCGUCGUAGAGGUAAAAUAAAAGUUUAGGAAAAAUUAAUUAAAAAAAAAACUCGCACAAUGAAUUCUUUAGCGAGAAUUUCACGUAGGAAAUUAUAUCAGGAGUUGAUAGUGCGACUGCAAUCAACAACAGUAUCAUCAUCCUCAUCCUCGGAUAUUUGCAUUCCAAACAGGAUAGAACGUGGCCCAACAGAUAUUUUAAAAGCUCUUGAGAGUACGAUAACCAGAGACUAUACAGCGCCACAUUAUAAAUUUCAUGACGAUCCUUAUUUGAUGCCGCUAUCAAAAGGGCAAAUGCGCAAUUAUGCUUUAGCAAAAGAGUCUGGGAAGAAAGCUGCGAUGUGGAUUCACAACGAGCAUCGUGAUUUGUUCCAACACAAAGUAGCAGAUCCUGAAAUUAAGGCAUUUGUGCCGCCUCCUAUUUAUACAGAAGAAAGUAAAGUAACAGAGGAAACAUUAUUAUAUGAAAUAUCAAACGGCCAUGUUUCCAACUCUAUUUUGGUAUAUAAAUUACUAAAAAACGUGACAGUGCCAACAAAACAGGCUCUCCUGGAAUUGUUGUGUUUUCACAAUAAUGGUGAAUCUAUCAACACCGAAUUAUUGGAGACUCGUUGGUAUAUGUUAGGCGAGAAACGUAUCAAGAAUACAUGGAUACAUCAUCCGGAAAUCGAUAUAUUAUUUAAAUUUUUAAAGGAACAAGAACCCGCGGUAGCAGCUGCUGCGUACAACGCGAUGAUAUGCGGUCUUGCUAAACACUUCAAUACGGAUAAAGUUUGGUAUCUGUACACAGAAUGUCAGGAAAAUAAUAUACCGUUAUCUAUCGAUGGAUAUAAUAGUAUAAUGUCAAUAGUGUCACUGUUGAGAGAAGAAGACAACGCAAAAACACUGAUAACUGAUAUAUACAAAGCAAUGGCGACGAACGGGAUAAUUCCAAAUAUACAUACGUUUAAUGCAGUUCUUCAUGCAGUGUCUACCUUCAAAAAUAAUCGAGUACUUCUCGAUUUAACACGCAAUGUAUUUGCCGAUAUCGCGAAAUUCGAACUUAAGCCGUCGUUAACUACGUAUUAUUAUGUACUACGAAUUUUAAGUAGAUUUGGUGAUGCGGCUUACAGGCCCUUUACACAAAUUUUGAAGUCGUUGAAGGAGGAAACUCUUACCAUUCAAAGUGCAACAGACUUAAAUUUCUUCGUUACCGCGAUGGAAAUGGCUUGCAAACAGUUUUGCGAACGUCAAGUGGGCGAAAUGGUUAACGAGCUUCUUCUCUCUGGUGAAAAUUAUAAAUUCAUCGGUGACAGCUACAAAGAAAAUUUAUACUACCGAACGUACUUGGAAUUAAUUUUGGCAACGGAGGAAUUUGAAACAUUUUUCAAGGUCUAUAGUAAGCUCGUACCACAUGUGACUAUACCGGAACCCGCCGUGAUGAAGGCUAUAUUAGAAGCUGUUCAAUUUUAUCCUGCGGAGACCGUUACGCAAUAUAUACCAAAACUCUGGUCGCACAUGGUCAUGUUCGGUCAUCUGGACAGGGAAGGUUUAUUAGAGGAGAUAUUGCACUUGAUGAGCGUACAUUGUAAACCCGUGUCCGAAUCUGCGUUGAACGCGCAAUAUGCGGAGAUUGCACUCACUGUCUGGGAUCAUAUACAAGCACAAAAUACUAAAAGAAUACAACAUGUUACGGUUUCCAACACAAUAAUGGGCAAUAUCAUAAUGCUACUUUUACGCGGAGAUAAGUUCGACAAAGCGACGGAAAUUAUGUUGUUGUUAAUUGAAUCGCCGCAUUUGAUAAUCGGUACUAUUACAACGGAUCAUAUACGUGAAAUAUUCGAGCUGUGUUUAGUUCAAACGCACGUGCCUACAAUUUUAAAUCUCCUAACAUACGUUACUGCUAACGAUCUAGAAGGAGCCGGCGAAAUGGCUAAAAAGUUGCAAAGUACUAUACCUCUUACACCCGAUCAAGAAAAUGUAUUAGUUACUUUAGUGGGUAACGAUAUUCUACAAGUCUUCGAUGAAAAUUAAAUCAAAUUAAAUAAAGCACAAAGUGCUUUAUUCAUACAUUUGGUCCUUGAUUGCAAUUUUGUAGAGUUAGUAUGUGACAGCACAGUGUAGGAAUAAAGAAGAAAUAUUUAAAAUAA